GUUCCCCCCCGUUCGAAUCUCUACUAAACGACUGCUCUCGACUCGAUCCAGCAAUGUACAUUCGGUUACCCUCAGCGUGACGCUAGCCGCCCAUCCGAUCCUCUUUCUGUGCCCGUUCUUCUCCGUCUGCGACGACACCGGUUGGCAGAACGACCCGCGAUCGCCCGGACAGGUUUCCGACAGGCUCCCCGACAGAGCCGAAUAGACCACCAGGCACUGAUUCCUCUGACGACGCUAACUGUACCACAAUGACUUCGCCAUAUCAGUCGUCCAUGUCGUUCCCGUCGCCUCUACCCGGCUCCGACAUGGCGACUGCCUCUCGGUCCGUCACCGACCUCCCCCGCUCCCAAGUCGAUGCGAUCAUUCGCACCAAGCGGAAAGCGCGAGAGCCCAAAGCCUGCUACCCGUGUCAUGCCCGGAAGGUCAAGUGCGAUCGGAACCUCCCUUGCGACGGGUGCGUGAAGCGAGACCACGCCGAUCUGUGCUCGUACGAACGACCCUCGAAAAAACGCGUCAUGGCGGGGCCUCUCGCGCAGCCCUACCGCGAUAGUCCAGUCGGAGGCUCGCAGGCCAGUGUACCAGAAAGUGUCGGCCUCCCGGGCCCCGCGGAUGCCAAUAUGCGCUUGAAGCAGGAGCCCGGAUUAACGGAGGCCGGCUUGCGCCGGCCGAGCGGACCGGCCCCUGGAGCUCGCGUGUCGAUUGCGCGCGAGGAGUGGGACAACAUUCGCAGUCGACUUAGGGAUAUGGAGCAGACUAUCUCGAAUAUGCGGACCGGACUGGAGAGGGCGGAAGAAGGGCCGGCGUUGACGGAAACGGGAAGCGUCCAGAGCGCGGAGGCUAGCAACCGGUCUAAACCUCCGUCUCCUGAGCGCGAGGGCAUCCACGCGCCAAACACCUUGGGCGAGGGCACCGUCCAUCUGGGGUCGAGAUCUGUGUUGGCAUAUAUACUCAACAAUAAGUCUGGGUCGGACCAGUUGCAAGCCCUCUUGGAGGGAGGGAUCUUACCCAAGCUGGGUCUUGACAACGAGUCCGCGACGUAUCCGUUCGUUGAUCUGUGGUCCUCGGAUAUGUCGACCUUUGAUGUGAGCGCCGUUUGUGGCGCACUUCCCAGCGAUCGACAGUGUAAAGAAUUCUUCAUCUACUAUCGUGAUAUUGCGGGCGCUAUCUACCCCGUGCUUGGAGAUAUCCCGCAGUUCGAAAUGUAUCUCGAUCUUGUUCUACAAAACCGAGCGGCGAUGGGCGGAGCGUACCAAGUAGAUGCGAAUCAGACGCAGAAGCCGUUCGGCGUCAGCAUUGCCUUUUUGGGUUUGCUGUUUGCUGUGUUGGCGUCCGGCUGCCAAUCUUCUGACAUCCCUGGUAAAGAACGAGAGUUGACCUCUCAGGUUUACGUUUGUUGCUCCUACCAAUGUUUGCGGAUGACCAAUUUCAUGUCGCAGCCGACAAUCGAGGCCAUUGAGACUCUCCUGGUCAUUGGCAAUGUUCUGUCUUAUAAUAUGAACCCGGGAAUUUCCUACGUGCUUCUCGGCAUGACUCUCCGAAUGGGGCUGGCUCUUGGAUUGCAUGUUGAAUCAAGUCACUUCUCACCGGCAGAGAGAUACCGGAGACGACAUGUUUGGUGGUCGAUGGCGUGGCAAGAUAGUCACUUCUCUCUAUCCUACGAUCGGCCCUCGACGACAGCCGUGAGCCAACCUGAUAUCGCAUACCGCGACGACUCCGUUCCAAACGAUCGACCAUACUUCGAAUCUCUCUGCCGGGUCAUCUCACUGGCGUUGGAGGUCGUCCGUGGCCGAAUGCUCAGCCCUCAUAACCAAAUGAGUUCCAAAUCCAUCCAAUCGUACAAAGAGAGAAUCCAGCAGGUCAUCGCCGAGGCCCAACCGUACCUGCGGGACCGCGAGUACUGCAUGACGCCCACACAACACCUAGAGCGGCUCGUCCUGAAAUUGCACUCAUCCUACUUCUCCUCCGAGCUGUGUCGGCCAGCUCUCAAAUACGCCGCCCACCCCAAAGACCCAGCCAUCGCCAGCAUGCGCGCAGACUGCGUAAGCAGCCUCAUGACAACAGUGGAAGCCUACAUCGAAAUGCACUCAGUCAGCUCGCACGCCUCCCGCUCAUGGAUCACCCUCCAGCGAGCCAUCAGCUCCAUCUUCCUCCUAGCCGUCACAGAGGAGUCCAAGACCGACCCUCGGUUCUGGUCCCUCCUCCAGCAACUAAAGCUAAUCAUCUCCGAGCGCGCCAACUCCGAAGGCUUCCCCGCCGGCGAACCCGCCGCCCCAUCCGCAACCAGCCCCGCAGCCCUCAGUUCCGCCUCCCCCGCAUCAGCAGCCGUCGCAAUCGACACUCAAACACAGUGGGCCAAGCCCCUCACAAAGACUCUCAGCGCACUGGAGAAACUCGAAGCCGCAUUCGCAUCGCACGGCAUGGCCCCGUCGACGGGCUCCGGGCCCGCCGGGUCUCCGGCCUACAUGCACCCAGUGGCAGCCCCCGGCAGCGCCACAAUGGGCCCCUUCGCGGCGCCCGUCUCUGCCAGCUUGACGCCCAACAUGGGAUCGCUCCCGCCGCCGACUCCGGAAAGCUCUACCAGCAGCGAGUGGACGUUCCCGAAUAUCCUCGACCGGGCGUCGGAGUACAUCCACCCGCCAUUGUGGAGUUGAUUCGGUCCACUUGUGAUGGUUGAUUUUCUUUUGUUUUAGCACUGGUUGCAUUUUUUCCCGGUUUUGCAUGAUUGUACGAUGGGUGUUUAGUUGAUUGGUUGGUUGGAUGGAUGGAUGGGCUGGCGAGGAAAAAUACACGGGUUGGUUCUUUGAUUGAUUGGCUUUUUGGAGAUAUCUUUGUUGUAUACAUUAGGAUAUUAUCGUGAGGUAUUUGGCGUUAUUGGGCGCCAUAUGCUUAAUUUAAC